AACGGACUCACCUCUAUCUUGCACGCCCGCCAAUCCUUCUUUUCGUAAUAGCAGUCUGUUAACUUCAUGUUUUCGUCUGUUUGCUAUUAAUCGAAGUGGCUUGGUGAAACAGCGACCGACUAACCUGCGCAUCCUGUGCUGAAGAUCCUCUUGUCCCUGGGUGUGGUCAGCUUGUACUUUUUUGCCGGGGCAACUGCGCGUACCACUCAUCCGGUUCAUCGUCGAUCAGAAGCUGGGCGGCCGCAGCGCGGGAUUUGUCAUCACCAGACAUCUUGAAAGAGCUUGGGAAUUGUUGUUGUUGUAAGCGUCUAGUACAAACGAUCGAAGUACCUAGUUCACACAGUACGGCCGGGGAAUCUCGGUCCGGGUCACAACGUCGUAUCACCCACCAUGGCGACAAAAAAGAUGAACGUGUUGGUGUACUCCGGUAAUGGCAGCACCACCGAAUCCGUCCGCCACUGCCUCUACACUUUGCGCCGUCUCCUCUCCCCCUCUUACGCCGUGAUCCCUAUCUCAAGCGAAAUCAUCAUCAAAGAACCCUGGUUCAGCACUUGCGCUCUACUCGUCUUCCCUGGCGGCGCGGAUCUCGGGUACUGUCGUGCGCUCAACGGCGAGGGGAAUCGACGCAUCAGCCGGUAUGUUAACGCAGGGGGCUCGUAUCUGGGGUUCUGUGCCGGCGGGUACUAUGGGAGCGCGAAAUGCGAGUUCGAAGUAGAUGAUUCGAAGCUAGCAGUCGUGGGCGAUAGGGAGCUGGGCUUCUUUCCAGGGAUUUGUAGAGGCUUGGCUUUUGAGGGGUUUCAGUAUGCGAGUGAAGCGGGCGCGAGGGCUGCGGAUGUGAAAGUACAUUUGAGAGCGUUCGAAGAUGUGAAGGAAGGGAUGAAGGAAGCUUUCAAAAGCUAUUAUAAUGGCGGUGGCGUGUUUGUCGAUGCGAAAAAGCUGGAGAAUAGGGGCGUUCAGAUCUUGGCCAGUUUCACGGAGGAUCUACAUGUUGAAUCUGGAGAGAGUAAGGCGGCGGUGGUAUAUAGGAAGGUUGGUGAUGGUCAUGCGGUGAUGACGGGGCCUCAUCCAGAGUUUGCACCGCAAAACCUGAACAAGAUUUCAAGCCUCCCUUCCUACACAAAGACCAUCGACGCCAUCACCACCACCGACAGUACUCGCGUGGCUUUCAUGCGCCUGAUUCUCCAGAAAUUGGGCUUGACGGUCAAUGAACACGAACAAACAGUACCGUCCCUAUCCCGCCUACACCUCACGUCUCACAAUAUGGCAGACGUCUCCACCCUUGUUGCGAGCUUAUCCGAAGCCCUCACUGUAAUCGAUGGCGAAGAUUACAUUCAAGGUGGACAUGACGUUUUUCGUAUCGAGAAGGAAGGGAGUGUGUGGGGUGUCCAAGGGUUGAAAAGAGCCGUGAGCGCAGUUUCAGAAAAGCUUCCCACGCUCAUGACUGUGACAGGGAAGGAAGACGAACAAACAGGAGAAUAUACAGGUAACAAUCAAGACAGGAAGAAGCCCAAAACAAAGGAGGAGGCGAUACAGGAAUGUAUUGAAUACACAGCCUACAACUCCACGUCGGACCAAAUCCUCGACUAUGAGAAACUCGUUAAAACCGUAAUAACGCAUGAAACUGCUCUGCCAUCCGCAAAAGACACUCCAUUCCACCAUGACGCUUUCUAUGAAAACCUCCUCCACUACCACACCAAACUCGGCAACCCCCGCCCCUCAUUCGGCAGCACAUUACUAUACGGCGAAGUAGUGACCUCUACCAACUCACUUCUCGAAAAGAACCCCGCUUUACUCCGUCACCUGCCCACAGGCUUCACACUGACCGCCACAACACAGCUCGCAGCCCGGGGACGAGGAAGCAACGUCUGGGUCGCACCCCCCGGCGCACUCAUGUUCUCGACCGUGAUGCACCACGACAUCGCCCUCAACGAGAGCGCACCCAUAGUAUUCAUCCAAUACCUCGCCGCGCUAGCCAUCGUACAAGGUAUCAAAGGCUACGCAAAAGGCUACGACAAAGUAGGUGUAAAGCUCAAAUGGCCGAAUGACAUUUACGCGCAGCUACCCGGCAGCGCAGGCAACCCCGUGGUGAAAAUCGGCGGCAUCCUAGUAAACUCCAGCUAUGACGGCGGCAGAUUCGACGCUGUGUGCGGUAUAGGCCUGAAUCUCGACAACGCGCUACCAACGACAAGUCUGAAUCAAUUGACGAGUAGUCUGGGCCUCAACCCCUUUACACAAGAGAAGCUCCUCGCCAGCAUCCUCGCGCACUUCGAAGCGCUGUACGCGACGUUCUGCCAGACGGGCUUCAAUCGCGAGAUGGAGGCGUUGUAUUAUGAGAACUGGCUGCAUAAGGAUCAGGUCAUCACGCUGGAGACUGAUGGGGUGCAGGCCGGUACGAAGGCGCAGAUUCGGGGCAUUACGCGGGAUUGGGGACUUUUGCUUGCGGAGGAGUUGGGCUGGGAGGAUCGGCCGACCGGGAAGAUGAUUGCGUUGCAGAGUGAUAGCAAUUCUUUUGAUUUCUUUAGGGGGCUGGUUAGGCGGAAGAUAUAGAUAACCUUGGAUGGUAGCUCAUUGAGGGUAUGCUAGACCAGAUUUGAAAAGUC